UCCGUCGCGUGUCGUCCUCACCAGUCCUCACAGACGAAUGGGAUUUUUAAAUCACACAGGCUUCACAUUCGGACUCGAGAUAUCGCAGAAUUGUUGGAAUUUGAGUUUUCAACCCUCUCGGUGAUAAUUUCGCCGUCACCGGUGUCGCUUAGCAUUUGUUUUCGGUAGGCGAAGAAAACGCGAGAAGAUGGACUUCGAGAUUUCGGUGAGACGGGCAGAUUCGGCAUAGCGCGAUCGUAAUACAUAUAUCGAUCGACAUUUUCUUUUCCUUUUUCGUCCUUACGUGAUGACCAACGUGAGACACCAAGAGAGAUAACGUGGGCGGUUGCAACCUAGACUUUCGCGACAUGUAGUGUUUGUCGAUCAUCAGUGUAGGACGUGUCGAGUACGAUCGAACGAAUUCGAGCGACAUUUUGUCCGAGCGAUGGGAUUGCUUGAUGAUGAGAGUAAAUUCGUGGUCUGGUGAUCCUGAGGUGGCGAAAGUAUGGCAGCGGCGCAGAGCACACCGGAGUCGGACACUGGGAGCUUUGAGUGUUUCAGAAACUACACGGCACCGGAGGUGUUUGUGCAAGGCCUGGCCGGCAUCGUUGAUCAGCAGGACGUGGAGUCUAUGAUACGUGCACAGAAACAGAUGUUACAAAGGUUUGAAAAGACCAACGAGAUGCUGACAAACUGCAACCAGUUGUCGGUGAACAGACUCAAGACUGCUGGUACAGAAUUCAAGAAGCAUACUGCUCUUCUAGUCGAGAUGAAGAGGGACCUGGAUUAUAUUUUUAAGAGGAUUCGUUUGAUAAAAAAUAAAUUAAACCAGCAAUAUCCACAGGCAUUUAACGAGGCAGUAAGGAGUAGUUUGGCGGAAGAAGUUAUCGUGGAGGAUGUCGAUUGCCCGGUGAAACCCCUCGAACCAGAGGUUGUACCAUUGCCAUCUAUCCCAGCUCAUGGUGCUGCUGAUCAAGAUCCCGAUUCAGAUGUGCCGGUCGAGGAGUUUCAGUUCGCGAAGCUGCGCAAACGGCGAAUAAAGAGUAACGACAGUUCGUCGACGGAGAGCAACAACGAUCAGAGUAACGCCGAUACAUCGUCCUGCACAUCCGAUACCGGUUGAAAGCCGGACAGUAAUAAGAGAAAGAGGGAGAGAGGGAAACGCUUGUCAUAAUAAUUGUUCCAAAGUCGGACUCACGCAUCGGCCACUUUAAAUGUUGCUCGGGAGCGAUACGGGCUAAUCAAUCGGCCAAUCGUUCGAUCAAUCAAUAAGGCAAUAAGGGAGUCGGGAGGCGCGGAGUUUCGAGGUGGCGUCGACGCCACGCACAGCAUAUCUCGAUGUUAUUGUGCGAGCUGUGAGUUUGUGAGUACUGUCAAUGUUGAGAAAAAUAAAUUCUUUGU